AUGGAAGAAAAGAGGAGUAAUUACGGUCAGAUUGCUUCAUCUGAGAAAAAUACUGGCAAAUAUAAAGAAGGUAAUCCUCAAGCUGCUGACAAAUCAGAGCAUCAUUUAAGAAGAAAGAGCGGCAAGAAGCAGCCAAAUAAAAAUAAAUGCAGCAGCCCUCCUACCGCUCAAACUAGUAAGACAAAGAAGAGAAAGGGAGCAGACAAGACCCUCAAUAAAUCCAGGAAAAGACUCAAGAAGCAAGAGAGCUUAUCAGAACUUAGUAUCACUAGCUCUGAUUCACCAGAGGAAGAAGUCAAAUUAGAGAAAGAAUCCGAUAGUUGUGAUGAGAGCAAAUAAUGGAGACGUGCUUAGCAAGGAGAAGCAAACCCUUCUCCUUUUGAACCAAAUUCUUCUCAGUACUAAAAAGUUUUCGACUGAUAAAGUUGUUAAUUUUGAAGAGAUAGUGAAUGAGUGCCAAAUUUUAGAUGACCCUUACCAUUGUAAAGAGCUUUAUCAUGAAUUUAAGAAUUAUCUUUUAGGGUCUCCUGUUACAUCGAAAUUUGAGAAUAAUUGAAAGAGUGUUAUUCUUAAUCCCACUUCCAGCAAAACUGUCACUUCUCUGCCUUUGAGGCUUAAACAACAUAAGCCUGAGUAUGAUAAGUUCCUUCAAAUUGAAGAGAAGUUUACUAAUGAUGUAAUUAAUGCAUACACCAACUUGAAAUCUGAUGUUAAUCUCAUGAAAGAAUUUUCGAAACUCGAGAAAAUUACCGAUAAUUUUUUGAGCCAUCUCACGGAGGACGUGGAAAGGAAUGCAUAUUUUCAGGAUAAUCCCAAAGAGCCUGAGAGUAAUCUUGAACUUUUGAUGAAUUCAAUUGCCAUCGGGAAUAAAUUGAGAGAAAAAUCUCUGAGCCAUAACCUUCCCCCCAAUAUGGUAAAGGACAACCCUGAUCUGCCAUCUUUAGUCAGCUUGCUCCCCAUCAACCCUAAGCCGAGAUGCCCAUCUCCGCAAGAGUCUGAAGGCGAGGGCGAAGAUGAGGGAGAUGAUGAAGAUGACGAAGAGUCCAUAUCCGAUUACUUUGCUGGUGUUCGCCAUGAGAAGAAGCCAUUUUUGAAAAAUCAACCUCCACAGAACAUGAUUCGUCCAAAGAACUUCAGUAUGACCAAGCAGAAGUAUGGGUCAGCUUCCUUUAGAAAGAAGGAGCAGAAGAAGCCUGUCAGAGACCCAGAUUUUAAAUUCUUUGAGAUUAUAUAAUGGUCAUCCGUCUUCAUAGCUGAAUCAUAAUAAUAUUCGUACGAGCAUAAGUUUAUGAUCUCUUAACCCGUAAUAAUAACAUAGUCCGAACUAUUUAAGUUCUAUAUUUGACGAUUGAGCUUUCAAAAUUACCAGAAAUAGUAAUAAUUAAUUCUAUCAUCACCAGAGCUAUUAAAUGAUUUUAAAAGUUGGAUCACGCUACUUUUAGGUCACAUAGUCGAAUGGUGAGAUAUUAAGUAUUUUUGGCUUAUAAAAUAGUUAAAGUGUUUAUCAUUGUGGAGUCCCGUCUGAUUUCAUAGCUCUUUCUCAUACCCU